AUGAGUGAUAUGGCAGUCUCAGCUCAUAAUAGAGACGAUCAUGAGAACGGACGUCCUGCGAAGAAACGCCGUUUCUUUGUUGAGGAUGAGAAUGGAUCGUCUCACCCAAAUGUGUCUCAGCCGGACACCUCGUCGCAAGCCGGUUCUCCUUUGAAUGACCAAGGCAGCGAUAUAGUUACUGAGGAACCCUUUGAACGUACCGUCUCACAGCAACUAGUUCAAGACGCCAACGGAUUUGAUGCUCAACUCUUCACGAGCAUCGUGGGGCAAGAUGUCCCAGAAGCUACAAUCACGAUGAUCCGACAAGCUGCUGGAGGGAAUAUGGAAAGAGCUAUCAAUAUCUUCUUAGAUGGAUCUUUUGAGAAAACUACUAGACCACCGACCGCCUCGAUUCCCGAACGUCCGCAGCGAACUUUGCCCACGCCCAAGACUGAAACCGAGACAGGCAGUCAAGUCGCCACGACGUCCGAUCAAAGCAACCUCUCCGAAUGGACACCACCGGAAGGCGCAGAGGUCCUUCGACACAUGUCUUCACGCCGGUAUAUCGGAGCCUUCGGUGUAGCAGCUUGGGCUACAAAAAGUGGUUUGAAUGUGAUUCGACAUGAAGACAAGGUCAAGAUUGAGAGAACCAAAAUACGCACAGCAAAAAUGGGCAAGAAAGGAAGAAUCAUGCCGAACCAGAAAGCAGACGUUAUAACUCGCUUUACGAAUAUGAGAGGAGAAGACAUUGGACGAUUACCUCAAGACACAGCGGAAUGGGUCUCGACACUCAUUGAUCAGAAGAUUUGUGACUUUGAAGGAUCUUGUGUGUUUGCCCCUGAUUACAUGAGGGUGAACGACACAAUAUACCUUCAAUUACGCUGUUACAUAAAACGAGAUGCCUUUUACCAAAACAUACAAGACAUAGACGACAAUAGAACGAUUCAACUGUUUGAACAACAGGAGAGUACCGAAGAGCGAGACUUGCGGAUUCGUCAAAUCGCACUCGUCCGGCUCUUCGAUGAGAUUGGCCUUUUACCGACUUCAACUAAUGAGACUACCGCCAAACAUAAAAAAGAAGGCUUGCUUCGUGCGGCUGAAAUGGCCGAGCAGUACGACAAAAACAAGGACAAACCCAAGGAAGCAACGGACCUUGAAGACUCGUCCAGUGAGGAAACGGCUGAAUUAGAGGAAGAACAUCUCGACACAUUGUACCAGAAAGCUCAAUCUUUUGAUUUCAACACCCCUGAAGCUCAACCAGCAGAGACAUUUGCAUUAGACCUCCGCAAAUACCAGAAACAAGCACUGCAUUGGAUGCUCGCCAAGGAGAGAGACACCAAAUCGACCAAAAAGUCCUCAAUGCAUCCUCUGUGGGAGGAGUACAAGUGGCCCAUCAAGGAUGCGGAUGAUAAGGUCUUGCCAUGUGUCGAGCGGCAAGAUGCCUUCUACGUGAACCCCUACUCUGGCGAAUUGAGUCUAGAUUUUCCUGUUCAGGAACAGCAUUGUUUGGGCGGCAUUUUGGCAGAUGAAAUGGGUCUGGGCAAGACAAUUGAAAUGAUGAGCUUGGUACAUACAAAUAGAGAAACGCCAACCGCCCCUACUUCUAUAGACGAACUGCCAAGACAAUCUUCUGCUCUUGGGAUAGUCUCAGCACCCUAUACCACUCUAGUCGUUGCACCAACGUCACUACUCGCGCAAUGGGAAAGCGAGGCUCAAAAAGCAUCGGUGCCCGGAACAAUAAAGACUCUGAUAUACUAUGGAUCAGAUAGGACAACCAAUUUGAAAACUCUCUGCGCCAGAUCGAACGGCGUCAAUGCACCUAAUGUGAUUGUUACCAGCUACGGUGUCGUCUUGUCAGAAUACCGCAGUUUUGUGACACAAGCACAACACAAUCCAGCCGCGCACAUUGGGCUUUUCUCUGUCGAGUUCUUUAGGAUUAUCCUUGAUGAAGCACAUCUUAUCAAGAAUAGGCUGUCUAAAUCCGCUCGGGCAUGCUAUGAGCUCAACGCCAUUCAUCGAUGGACACUAACGGGUACUCCAAUCGUAAAUCGACUGGAAGAUCUUUUCAGUCUUGUGCGCUUCUUGAAGGUGGAACCAUGGAGCAAUUUCUCCUUCUGGAAAACUUUCAUUACCGUGCCAUUCGAGUCUAAAGACUACGUCCGCGCAUUGAACGUGGUCCAGACUAUCCUUGAGCCGCUUGUACUGCGAAGGACGAAGACGAUGCGAACACCGGAAGGUGAAGCAUUGGUUCCUCUUCCACCACGAACAGUGACAAUUGAGGAAGUGGAACUUUCCGAAGAAGAACGAGCAAUCUAUGAUCUUAUCUUCUGGCGUGCGAAGAGAGCGUUUAACGAUAAUGUCGAAGCUGGAACUUUGUUGAAGUCUUAUUCAACUAUUUUCGCUCAAAUUUUACGUCUCCGUCAAACAUGCUGUCACCCAAUCUUGACACGCAACAAAGCCAUCGUUGCUGACGAAGAAGAUGCAGCAUUAGCCGCGGACACAGUGAACGAAUUCCAGGACGAUAUGGAUCUUCAAGAACUCAUUGAUCGAUUCAAAAAGUCUACUGAAACAUCAGAUGCAGCUCAGCCGCAAGAUACAAUGGCUCGCUUCACGACACAUGCACUACGGCAAAUCCAAAACGAUGUCAGUGCUGAAUGCCCUAUUUGUGCUGAGGAGCCUUUGAUUGAGCCCGCAGUCACAGGAUGCUGGCAUAGUGCCUGUAAGAAGUGCCUGGAGCUCUAUAUCCGGCAUCAGACUGAUAAAGGCGAACUACCGCGGUGCUUCUCAUGUCGAGCGCCAGUGACGCGACAUGACAUUUUCGAAGUCAUUCGUUAUCAGUCACCUACUAAUACACCGGACGAUAUCGACAUCGACAUGUCAACACCGCCAACCACGUCCCAGCCAAUGCCGAGAAUAUCCCUGCGGCGUAUAUACCCGUUGUCCCCUUCUGCUCAUACAUCCGCCAAAAUCCACGCCCUCCUCACACAUCUCAUGAAACUACCUCCAAACUCCAAGUCCGUCGUCUUCUCCCAAUUCACAUCCUUCUUGGAUCUGAUAGCUCCCCAACUCACAAAAGCCGGCAUAACCCAUUUACGUCUAGACGGCUCAAUGCCUCAAAAGGCACGAGCAGAGGUCCUCCGCCAAUUCAACCGUACCGAAGUAUACGAAGAAGAACUCGAAAUAGACGAAGAUGACCCUACUACUAAAGCGGCAACAGCAACUCACAGCAAAACCCCCCAACCAUCACCUAGUAUCCUCCUCAUCAGCCUCCGCGCCGGCGGCGUAGGCCUCAAUCUCACGGCCGCCAACAAUGUGUUCAUGAUGGAUCCCUGGUGGAGUUUUGCCGUCGAAGCACAAGCCAUCGACCGCGUACACCGCAUGGGUCAGUUACGCGAGGUCUCUGUCACGAGGUUCGUAGUCAAGGAUUCUAUUGAAGUGCGUAUGCUGCGUGUGCAGGAGAGGAAGAUGAAUAUUGCGGGUUCGUUGGGACUCAGGGUUGGUGGGGAUGGGACUGAGGAUGAGAGGAAGAAGAGUCGGAUUGAGGAGUUGAGGCUGCUUUUUGAAUAG